AGGUGGAGGCGGCCACUUCUCUAGGGAAACACCUUUUUCCGGCGGUGAGGAGAAAGCGAGUGCCUGUCAGUCCUGGCGAGGGUCGGGCCUCACGCCACCUCUCGGCUGCCUGCCGCCCACCGGCUUUAGGACCCGGCGGAGCCGGGAAUGAGGGUUGGAGGAGGGACUAGGGGAGGUCAUCGCGCAUACUGACGUAAUCAGCCCGCGCCAGCAGAGGUGAGGGCGCGAGGGCCGUAGGGAAGCACGUUUCUUGCUUGCCUCACCUCUCACGUACCAUGGCGUCCCCAGUCCAGCAGUCUCCUCAGCCUGGCGGCGGGAAGCGCAAAGGCAAGGCUCAGUACGUGCAGGCCAAACGGGCUCGGCGCUGCGAUGGCGGCGGGCCCCGGCAGCUGGAACCCGGGCUACAGGGCAUUCUCAUCACCUGUAACAUGAACGAGCGCAAGUGCGUGGAGGAGGCCUACAGCCUGCUCAACGAAUACGGCGACGACAUGUAUGGUCCAGAAAAGUUUGCAGACAAGGAUCAGCAACCCUCUGGAAGUGAGGGAGAAGACGAUGAUGUGGAGGCCGCCUUGAAGAAAGAAGUUGGUGACAUUAAGGCAUCUACAGAGAUGAGGCUGAGAAGAUUCCAGUCAGUGGAGAGUGGAGCAAAUAAUGUAGUCUUCAUCAGGACACUUGGGAUAGAACCUGAGAAAUUGGUGCAUCAUAUUCUCCAAGAUAUAUACAAAACCAAGAAGAAGAAGACUCGGGUUAUUCUACGAAUGUUACCCAUCUCAGGCACAUGCAAGGCUUUCUUAGAAGAUAUGAAAAAAUAUGCAGAAACAUUUUUGGAACCCUGGUUUAAAGCUCCAAACAAAGGGACAUUUCAGAUUGUAUAUAAAUCUCGAAAUAACAGUCACAUGAAUAGAGAAGAAGUUAUCAAAGAAUUGGCAGGAAUAGUAGGCAGCCUCAAUUCGGAAAAUAAAGUAGAUCUUACCAAUCCACAGUACACAGUGGUAGUAGAAAUCAUUAAAGCUGUCUGUUGCCUGAGUGUUGUGAAAGAUUACACGUUGUUCCGAAAAUACAAUCUCCAGGAGGUGGUAAAGACUGCCAAGGACUCGUCACAGCUUAACCCAAAGCAGGCAGCACUAAGAGGAAAUGGGAAAGAAGCUAAAUUGGAAUCUGGUGACAAAUCAAAUCAAAAUGACACAGCAGAAGGAAAAAAUAACCAGCAGGUGGUACCAGAGGAUAGCGAGGAGCUGGGUCAGACAGAACCAACAUCUGAGACACAUGUGGUGAGUGAGGGGGCCGCUAAACCUGAACUUGCAAGUCAAGUCACAGAAGGAUCUGAGUCACAUGAAAAUGACCUCUCAUAGGAAAAAAAAUCGUUUGGUGUUGGAGGUGGUUUUCUUAACUGCGGUUCUGUGAGAUGUUGCUGGGAUUCUAUAUAAAAUUGUUACUAAAAAUAUUGUUUUUGAGUUUGUGUGCUGCAUAAUGCUGUAUUCACAAUAAUUGAGCAGCCCUGUUAAUAGUUUCGUUAGAGAUCUUUCAGCCCUAUAUGGCAGUGUGCAUUUGGUUGAGCUAGAAGAGGCUAUGGAUAAAUUGGUGAACACUACUGCACAGAGCGGAGGGUGGCGGGAGGAUGAUGUUGGCCUCUCCCUCUUGAUUACCUUCCCCACUCCCCCGCUUCUGCACUGCCAGCUGACUUAUGGGAGUGAGCAAGCUCUGUGAAAUCGAAGCUCAGAGGGAAAUUUUCAUUCUAAGGAAGGAAAUUUUGCAUUUUGCAACUCAGCUGUCCCCUGCCACUUUGUUGUAAACAUUGCAAGAACAUGGGCCAUAUAGGUUAGAAGUGUAUUGUUUUGUGAAGUUUUUGUACUUUUUGUGAUUUUCUUGUUUAGUUUUUAUGCCCUGCCCGCCUGUUUCUUUGGCUGCUCCGCGAGGCAUGUGGGAUCUUCGUUCAACAACCAGGGAUCAAACCCGCGCUCUGUGCAGUGGAAGCUAUGCCCAUUUUUAUGUUUUCAUAACAUUUGUUACAACCAAAUCUGACGGUGCAGUGCUGCAAUUUUUGGAGGCAAGGUGUGAGAUAGAAGUGUUCAUUCUAGGCAUACAAUUA